AUGGAUUUCAAUGGCAUGCGAGAUCUUGAGCUUUGGCUUGGUGCAAGUGUCACGACAGACAAAGUCCUGCAUUUAGACAUGAUCUUGAUGGAUUCCAAGGGAAAUGAUAUAUGGGUCCACAUCCCACCGGUAUUGCAAGAGAAAUUCAAGGCACUGCUUCAGGAACAAGAAGUUUACAUCAUCAAGGAUUACGAAAUUCACACGACCCAACUCAAAUAUCGCCCUAUUGCCAAUUCAUAUAUCAUGACUUUUAAUCGGGCGACUACUGUCCAACGUGUUCCUGAUAUUCCUUCCAUUCCUGCCUUCAAGUUCAGUUUCACUAAAGCAAGUGAGAUGAAGGAUAAAUUGGGACAAAUAAUCAUCCUCUCAAAUGUUGUUGGCGAGUUGGUGAAGCACUCAAAUCUGCUGACCACAACCAAUCUUUCUCGAAAAACCACUAGAAAGGAACUUGAGCUGAAACUGAUUGAAGGUGAUAUUGUGAGAGUUGUUAUCUGGGGUAGAGUUAUAACUGAAUUUGAUAAAAUAGUCAAACCUGCUGGUGAUCAACCAAUUAUUCUGGUAGUCACUGCUGUUUCUGUGAAUCUAUUCAAGAGUCAACUUUCCUUUUCUUCUUCUGGGUCAACAAUCCUGUAUCCUAACCUUGAUAUCCCGGAAGUGAAGGCUUUCUCAACAAGAGAUGUACAACCAGAGCAGCCCCUGUAUGUUGAGCUGCCCCCACCUGCCCCUAUUCCUGAACUUUCUCUGCCUGAAUUGCUGGAAUUACAUGUGGAUCCAAACAGCGAGGAAGGUGUUUAUUCUGUUACUUGCAAAGUAGUCGGGAUCAAGCCAUUUUGGUGUUACUUGGGUUGCCCAACCUGUGUCCUUAAACCCAUAGAAAGGAAUGGAGAAUACUAUUGUGUGAAGUGCAACAAGCUGACUCCAAUUAGAGCUGCCAAAUAUCGGAUUCAGCUUGUGGUUGAAGCCAAUUCAAAGUCAGCAAACUUUAUAAUUUUCGAGUAUGAAGGGAAACGAUUCUUUGGCCCAACUGCUAAUGAACUAUUUAAUAGAACUGGUCAAAACUAUGAAGAACCCCCUGCAGAUCUGCUCAAAGUUGUUGGUGUAACCAAGCUAUUCCAUGUGAAGUUCAAGCCAAAUCUAUACAGUGAUGCUCAACCCGAUUUCACAGUGUUAAAAAUUUUGGAGCCUGAAGCAACGAGUUCGGAGUCUAAUCUGCACAAGGACAGCUCCUCCUCAUCGCUUAGUAUUGGACUUGAGUCAUCCCAAACUUCAUCUGACCAAUCCAUCCCCAUUUCAACAGCCGACGAUACUGGAUCCAUGCCUGUUGACAACAAACUCAAGCGAAAGAUGCCUUCGGUUUAA